CGGUGAGCCACCUGACAAGAAGGUCAAAGAAGAAGAAAAUAGGAGCGAAAUGCUACAUAAUACUUGUAUGCAGCUGUGUUUAGUAGAUACUUGAUGGUUGAGAAGUAUGCCUCUGUCCACUCAGUCCCAGUCAGGAAGUGAUGAUUAUGUCCUUGUAGCUAGUCUGGAUAAUGUAAGGAACCUUUCCAACAUCCUGAAAGCCAUAUCAUUUAAAGACCAUGCAAUAUUCAAUGCAACACAGAACGGACUGAAAGUUACUGUAGAAGAGUCCAAGUGUCUUCAGGCAAAUGCCUUCAUACAGGCGGAGAUAUUUCAAGAAUUCACUCUGAAGGAGGAUGUAGUUGGGUUUCAGGUGAACCUCACGGUGCUGCUGGAUUGCCUCACCAUCUUUGGGGGAAGCACAGUGCCAGGAGUAAGCACGGCUCUGAGAAUGUGCUACAAUGGCUACGGAUACCCGUUAACCCUGUUUCUGGAGGAGGGAGGAGUGGUAACCGUUUGCAAGAUUAACACUCAGGAGCCAGAGGAACCUUUAGAUUUUGAUUUCUGCAGCACCAAUGUCACCAACAAGGUGAUCCUGCAAUCAGACAGCCUGAAAGAGGCGUUUUCAGAGCUAGACAUGACCAGUGAGAUCCUGCAGCUAACGAUGUCACCAAGUCAGCCCUAUUUCAGACUGUCUACAUAUGGAAAUUCAGGAAAUGCCCAUUAUGACUAUCCCAAAGACUCAGACAUGAUGGAACUGUUCCAGUGCACUACCACACAGACCAACAGGUACAAGAUGUCACUAUUAAAACCCUCCACUAAGGCCCUGGCUCUGUCCUGCAAGGUGUCCGUGAGGACAGAUACUCGAGGUUUCCUUUCAUUACAGUAUCUUGUACGGAACGAUGAUGGACAGAUUUGCUUUGUUGAAUAUUAUUGUUGUCCUGAUGAAGAGGUUGAUGAAGAAUAGAGGACCAUGAAGAACCAUAUGGGGUGAUUGUCAGAACUGUUUUUUUCCCCCCUGUGUGAACUGGGAUGCUACAGAUCAAGUUGUUCGUUGUGUUGAUUUUCAGGGCCAUAGCUUUUAAAGAUUCUGUGGUUUGUUGUAUAUUGUAUAUUUAAUAUGGUUGUAACUUACUGUGUAAUAGUACAAGUAAUAUUUUUGUAAUUUAGUACUAUAUGAAUAAAUAAUGACAAUUAUUCAUUAAGUUUGG